CGGACUAUAUUUUGGCGUAGUAAUAUCCGGUUUAUACGUAGAGUGGUUGUAGGUCGUAGAGGGUGUUUCUGCGUAAUAAUAAAGCAAUUUACGUGUCUAAAACAUAUAUUUUAGACUAUAUUUCGCGUCUGAAGAGAAGAUUAAUCGAUUUGCAGGAAUUCCGAAAAGAUUGACCCUUUUCAUACAGUUUAUUCAUAAGGCCUAACUAUGGCAGGCCGAACAGGAGCACAGAGGCCCAAUGGAGCCACUCAGGGGAAAAUUUGUCAGUUUAAACUUGUGUUGUUGGGAGAAUCAGCUGUGGGAAAGUCAAGUUUAGUGUUACGUUUUGUAAAAGGACAGUUCCAUGAGUAUCAAGAAAGCACAAUUGGAGCUGCAUUUUUAACACAGACAGUGUGUCUAGAUGACACAACAGUGAAGUUCGAGAUCUGGGACACUGCUGGUCAGGAGAGGUACCACAGUUUAGCUCCCAUGUACUACAGGGGGGCCCAGGCUGCUAUUGUUGUUUAUGAUAUCACAAACCAGGACACAUUUGGUCGAGCGAAGAACUGGGUCAAAGAACUUCAAAGACAGGCCAGUCCAAACAUUGUGAUUGCUUUGGCAGGGAACAAAUCAGACCUGGCACAGAAGAGAAUGGUAGAAUAUGAGGAGGCCCAGGCAUAUGCAGAAGAAAACAGUUUAUUAUUCAUGGAAACAUCAGCUAAAACAGCCAUGAACGUCAAUGAUAUAUUUCUGGCAAUAGCUAAGAAACUGCCCAAGAAUGAAGGUGGAGGACCAGCACCCUCACGGCAAGGGGGUGUAAAUUUAAACAGCCAACAAACACAGCAAUCAGAGGGAGGAUGUUGCAAGUAGCACAUGACCGACGAUUGGUGUACAGAACUAUGUGAUCAAGAAUGAUCCUAUCACAAACAUUUCCUUAAAGUGAGAAAUUUUUAAAAGGAUAAAAUGCAGAAGAAGUAUUUCCUUGAAAAAUCUACUGGAAAUCUUUGGAUUCAUGAACAAAAACAAGGUGUGGUUCAUAGACUGAGUAUUCAUUGAGCUUUGUGUUGUUUCUAAUGGUGAAAAUGUUAUUUGAACAUGUUGAUUAGGAGAUACACAAAAAUCAAGUAGAAAUGAAAUUGCUUUGAACCAUUUAUGUUUUUACCCAAGUACUUUGAUUGUUUAAAGUGAUGUUAACAAAAGCAUAAUUUUCUUCUGCAUCAGCUUUUAUUCUAAUCAAGUCAGGUGGGUUUUUUUUUUUUUUUUUUGAAUCAUCAACAAGUCACUGUGAUUGAUUUUUCCAGCUGUAUAUGAUGGAAUUCAACUGACCUUAAAAUAAAUUUAUAAAGAUGAAUUUAAAAAUUUGUAAGGGACUAGUCAAAAUAGGAUUUGUUACAUUUUUUUGUUUUAGUUUUGUUCUCGAUUAACAGAAUUGUAAUUAACUUUGAAGAUAGGAUGCUAUUGUUUAGGGUCAUUUACAGAAACCAAGUGUAUUUCUUUGCGAGUUUUAAACGUGUGAAUCCACUUGUUAUAGUCUUUCAUAGUUGUCAGUUGUAGUUAUGCAUGUUAGCUUACCAAGUCUUACCAUCUCUCCAGCCCCGCCCCCUCCAUCAGGAUGUAGUUUAUUAUUUCAUGGUCAAAAGGCAAAGUUUUUGGAACAAAACUUAUGGAAUUCCAGAUUGCAUUUUUAUUGGUUUUACUAACUUUGUAUUGGGUUGUGCAAAUGCACUUGCAUCGAAUGUACCUGUCAUGAAAAGCUGUGAAUUGCAGACUGCAUUACAAAUGUUUAUCUUCAUUUUGUGUGAUUGUUGAAUGUGUUGAAAGAGUGACUGCUUAGAUACCUAGAAUUUUAUCUUUGUUAGAACUUUAGUCAUAAGGAUAUAGUUUGUCUUGUGAGAAAUACCGGACACACCCCUGGUAAGAACUCCAGGUAUGGUAUUCUUUUUAUGUACACCACAUUUUACCUAUACCUACUAAAGUCGGAAAAUUCAUUUUGUACUUUCAGCCAAUAUGCAUUGUACAUGUUCAUGACUACAUGUAUAAGGAAUUGAAUUAUAGAUUUUUCUGUUCUUGAUUGAUGAAUAGCAUUUCAGGGUUUAAAAGAAAUAUCUGUGGAUAGGGCACUUACAGGGGUAAGUUACUGAAAGACCAGAAACAAAAACAUAUUAUACUGCUGCACACUAAUUUAAUUUACCUGUAAAUUGUUAUGAAGUACAUGUAGUUUGUUAUUAGAUUUGAUUAAUAUAUAUGUUGACAAAAUUGCAGAACAUUAAUUUAUUUUAAAAUAGCUUUGUGUACAGAUAAGUCUAGCUUGGUGUACAAUUGAGUCUAUUUCAAAACACAGUGACCAAUCUACAUUAUCAGUCUUCAUAGUAAAUUAUAAGCAUUGCUUCUGUUGAUCUGUCAAAUAUUCCCCAGGCCAUGUGGAUAUUGCGAGGAGUCUGUUCAGGAAGUACAAUGUGAGUAGAUGGAAAGAGUGAACUAUUGUUGCCCCUCAGUGUAAUACGAUUUGGUGUACAGAUUUUAUAUGUAAAUCUAUUAUAUCAUUCAGUUUGCUGACAAAAUGCAUGCAUUUUUUGUUGUUACUCAGUGAAGCAGGAAUGUGCUUUCAUGCCUCUAUAUUAGCCACAGCUCCUGAUGGUUUAUACUAAUUAGGAAGAAGAUUAAAGUUUCAGUAUCUAUAAACACAUGAAUAAAGGCUCCUCAUAUCCAAUUGCUGGUUCUCUUAUUUGCAGUGUAUUUUGUAGGUCAACUGAAUGUGUCAUUUGUGUAUACUGUACAGCUCCGUAAUAAGAUUAUUAUUAUACAGAAUGUAUAAAAUUAUAUUGUACAUUUUACACGUAAUGUGACAAUAAAGACGCCUAGUGGCAUCUUAAUAACACAAAA